AUGGUUUGGAGAUGUAAAAUUGUUCCUCACAAAUCGUUGUCGAUUCACAAAUUGGGUGAAGAAACGAGCAAACCCGUUAAAACUUCCGAUAAUCUUCCCAGUGGUUCGAAUCAAGCUUCACCAGAAGAUUACACUGACACCAUACCAAAGGGAAUACACCUAAAGUUCGAAGCACAUGACGGUGAAGUGAAUGCAGUGUGUUGGACUCCUGCGAAAUACCUAUUUGCAACUGGCGGCGCUGAUCGAAAGGUGAAAAUGUGGGAUGUGCGAUUGUCCACAAUGAAGCCCUGUGUAACGUUCGUUGGAAGCAAUGCGACGAUAAAUUCCAUUGAAUUUGAUUUGAAGGGUUCGUUGCUAUUGACAAGUUGCAAUGACUCCACUAGUCGAUUGUGGACCGUUGCCGAUAAAAAGUUGAGGCACACUUUGUCGGGUCACAGCAAAAAGGUGAUGGCGGCCAAAUUUUUGGGUGACGCUUCGAAAGUCAUAACCGGGAGUCAUGAUCGUACAUUGAAAAUAUGGAAUCUACAAAGCAAAGCUUGUGUUAAAACCUUCGUCACUGCGUCAAGUUGCAAUGAUUUGGUGACCGUUUACAAUGACAUCUUCAUCAGCGGUCAUCAUGAUCAAAAAAUUCGAUUUUGGGACAAUCGACUGAAGGGGCCAACGAAUGAAGUUGUUGUUUCAGGCCGAGUCACUUCGUUGGACGCAUCAAAAGAUGGCCAGUAUUUAUUGAGCUGCACACGCGAUGACACAAUCCAAAUGCUUGAUCUACGGACACAUCAAAUCAUUCGAACAUUUAGCAAUGAACAUUUUAAAGUUCCCUGUGACUGGUCUCGAUGUGCAUUCAACCGUGAUGAUGACUUUAUUGCGGCUGGCGGACAUGAUGGUGAAAUAUUUAUUUGGAACAUCAAUGGGAAAUUGGAAACAAUCCUCAAAGGAUCGUCGGCUGCAGCAGUAACGGCCGUUUCAUGGGAUCCAUUCAGCGAUUCACUUGCAACCGUCGAUCGAGCCAAAUCAUGCACCAUUUGGGGCAAUGCAUGCUAG